AUGAAGUUUCACUCCAGAUUCAGGCAAAGAUCUUCUUCACGUAAAACUAGGUGUAGUUGUCUUGUGCCCACUCCCUACUGCCCAAGCAUGUACCCUGGCCACGUGAAGAUUAAACACAAGAAACAUGGCAAGAGCAGCAGUAGCUCCUCAAGUUCCAGUUCUGAUGAUGAAUUCAAACACCUGCCGAAACAUGAAAGGAAAAUGAGAAAGAAGUUGAAGAAGCAAGCUAAAAAGAAAGGAAUGUAUCCUGGAAUGGGUUACCCUGGGUCCGGUGGUUAUCCCGGCCAACCUAUGUAUCCACAAGGUGUAGUACCUCCUCCUCCUUCAGGUUACCCUGGAUCUGUACCAGGUGCCUAUCCUCCUCAAAGUGGAGCUGGUUACCCACCUCAACCAGGAUAUCCUCCUCAAGGUGCCUACCCUCCACAGCCGCAAUAUCCACAUACUGGGGGUUACCCACCCCAGCAACCAGGCGGCUACCCUCCUCCACAACCAGGCUACCCUGCUGCGCAACCUGGCUACCCUCCACAACAAGGGUAUCCUCCCCAAGGUGGCCGAUAUUAA